UUCUGCUUUCGAGAGUGCAAAGAGGAGUCGUUGGGAGCGUCCAUGGAGAGAAGGCCGGUGCGUGACACCGUGCCGGGCACGUGGGAAGCCCAGCAAGUGCGAGGUGGCUUCUUCGGGCAGGCGUGAGUGCCCCAGGAUGGGCUUCCCUCCCUGCGCCCCACCAGCACCGCACAGUCAGGCUGCACGAGAGGCCGAGGAAGGACAGAAACGAAGGGUAUGGGGAGUAAUAACAGGCGACCAGAGCCAAAACCCGGAGUUCGGAUGCCCAAGGAAGGAGUUGCUCCUCCCUAACUCAGAGCCCAGCGACUCUCACCAAAGCCUGCGGGCCGCACCGCAGCCCAGGAUAGCUGCCUGAGUGCACCCUGCCCCCACCCCAGCUAUGGCUCUGGUCAGCAUCAACGAGCUGCCUGAGAACAUCCUGCUGGAGGUAUUCACGCACGUGCCCGCCCGCCAGCUGCUGCUGCGCUGCCGCCCGGUCUGCAGCUUCUGGCGCGACCUCAUCGAUGUCGUGACCCUCUGGAAGCGCAAGAGCCUGCGGGACGGCUUUAUCACUGAGGACUGGGACCAGCCUGUGGCCAACUGGAAGAUCUUCUAUUUUUUAUGCAGCCUCCGCAGGAACCUCCUCCGCAACCCAUAUGCUGAAGAGGGUAUGGCACACUGGCGUAUCGACCACAAUGGGGGUGACCAGUGGAAGGUGGAGAGCUUACCUGGAGCCCAUGGGACAGACUUUCAUGACUCCAAAGUCAGGAAGUACUUCGUCACAUCCUAUGAAUUGUGCCUCAAGUCCCAGCUGGUGGACCUCAAAGCCGAGGGCUACUGGGAGGAGCUAAUGGACGAGUUCCGGCCCGACAUUGUGGUUACGGACUGGUUCGCCGCUAGAGCAGACUGCGGCUGCACCUACAAGAUACGCGUACAGCUGGUCUCAGCCGACUACAUCCCCUUAGCCUCCUUCGAGCCCUCGCCUGUGACCAUCCCUCAGUGGAACGACGCUGCGUGGACAGAGGUCACCCAUACCUUCUCAGAUUACCCUCCGGGCGUCCGCCACAUCCUCUUCCAGCACGGGGGCCAGGACACCCAGUACUGGGAGGGCUGGUACGGGCCCCGCGUCACCAACAGCAGCAUCAUCAUCAGCCCGAAGGCGACCAGGAACCCUGCGCCCUCCGCAGCUCAGCCCAGGCCCAGGCCCAGGCAGGAGGAGGGUGCUGACCUGUCCUCCCCGCUUCCUGACAGUCUGUCACCAGACAGCUCUUUACUCGUCCUCUGUCCCGGCCAGUCCCGGGACCUCCUGCCACAGUUGUAACCUUGGGCGAACCCACCAGAUGGUGGUAACUCACUGCUGCAGCUUUCUGUUAAAUGUAGCUCUGCCAUUUUGUCAUAAUAAAUGUUUUCAGUAGAACCAGCCUGGCCUGGGUC